CGUCGCCUAGUGAUGACUCGGUAAGUCGGAGUUUUACAGAAUGCAUUUAAUUAUACAUUCUCGCUUUCCCCAAUAUCUCCAUGAAAAUCGUUCGUCUAAUAUGUUUUGUUCUCUCUGAUUUAGAAACAAAGUUUACAAACAGCCCACGUCGACGACGUUGUGUCGUCUCACAAAGAGGAUGAUGAGAGCGAACCGUCUAAACAGCCAGGCUUAUUCAGUGCACUCAAGGAUAGUAUUCUACAUGCUGGUGAGACAGUACAAAACACCCUAACUACCAUUCAGACGUCCUUUCCAUCACUAAGUGAUGAUCGAACAGACAAGGGUGAUGAAGAAACAGAGCUGUCAGUUAAAACUGUACAAGAAUCAAAAGAUGAUGAUUCGUCCAAACAACCAUCGUUACUUCAAAAUGUUCAAGAGUCUCUUAGAGAUACAGCUUCGAGCGCCGCUGAAACGGUGAAAAACUUAAUUUGGAAUGCAACGCCAGAAAGUGAGUCGACU